AUGAGCAGCCAGCUGGAAAGAGACACCUGUUCCUCCUCCUCUACUAGCAGCUCCUCCCCAGAUGCCUGGCUCAGUCCAAAGAGCCCUAACCCCUUGGCUUUCUGCUCUUGCCCCUCCCCUGCUCCCAACUCUAAAGGACUCCCCCUCUGCCUCUAUCCCUUCUAUCCGUCCUACCCACUUCUCCCUUCCCCGUGCCUGCUCUCCUGUGGAGCUCUGCCUUCUGUCCAGUGUUCCCCAGUCUUUAUACUGCCCCAAGACAUCUCCCACGCCACCAUACUUGUGCCCAAUGUGCUGAGAAGUGUCAGUGAUCUGAGGGACUGCAGCGCCUCAGGAGACACCCUGUUUCCCCAUCUACGGGCUACCCAAACCUCUCACCCAGCCCAGUCCUCCCAGGCCCAGCAUGCAGGCCCCGGAAUGGCGAAAACCUGCUCUUCAUGGCCAGAGUGUGAUGGCAAGAGGUCUCCAGCAAAGCAGAAUUCUCCAGGAUCACAGGUAGCUGCCUCAGUGCUGCCUUAUCCGCUGAAGAAAGAAAAUGGCAGGAUCCGGUAUGAGUGUAAUGAGUGUGGCAAGAGCUUCGGGCAGCUGUCCAACCUUAAGGUCCACUGGCGUGUACAUAGUGGGGAGCGCCCGUUCCAGUGCACCCUGUGCCAAAAGAGAUUCACCCAGUUUGCCCACCUGCAGAAACACCACCUUGUACAUACUGGGGAGCGACCCCACAAGUGCCCGAUGUGCUUCAAGCAUUUCAGUUGCUCCAGCAACCUCAAGACCCACAUGCGACUGCACUCGAGGACACGGCCCUUCCAGUGUAGUGUCUGCCCAAGCAGCUUCAGCCAGCAUGUUCACCUGAUGUUCCACCAGCGUCAGCACGCUCCCCAGACCUGCCACCUGGCGCUCACCUACAUGCCCUUGGCUCCUCUCACUUGCCUUGCCCAAUGGCACCAGGGAGCACCAGAUCUUGUGGUGGCACCAGCAGAGAUGGGCCGGGGUACAGACAAAGUCAGACGGCGCGGGAGCCUGGGGGACCGUGUGCUCCGCCGCCUGGCCAGGCUUGGGGACUGGAGAGAGCGCAGGGGCAAGCGGACCCCGAAGGAGACCAGAGGCCGGGUUAGGCCCUGGGGUGGCCAGAGCUGCCCUGACCUGGCUGGGCAGGGCAGCAGCAGCAGUGUCAGCCUCAAGGCUCAACUGCAGAGUUGCUCGGAAUGGGACCUUCUCGCAGGAAGUGGUGGCUCCUGGCCUUGGAAGCAGCGCCACAACUCCCGGGGCCUGGCUUCACCACUGGGACGCCUUCGGAGGCCAGCAGUGGGCAGCGCCUCUGACCUGGCCAGCUAUGCCUCCCUGAGGCUGGAGAGCCCAGCAGUGGCCUCAGCAGAGCUGACCUGUGCCCAGAACCCCACAGAACUGGUAACAACUCCUGAGCACUCAGAACAGCGAUUCCCUGGCUGCACCUGUCCUCAGCACCCCCAAUCCACAGCCUCCAAGGGCCCUCUGGGGCCACCCAGUAACCGGGGAGGCAUGCUGCCCCGCCCUGCAGGCUUCCCCAUGACCGAGGGGGCAAAGGGCGAUUCUGCCAUCCCCUGGUCGGCCCUGCCAGCAGCAGCUCAGCCCCUCCACAGGCGCCCCUCGGUCAGAAGGACCCGCUACUACAUCACUGUCACCCUUCAGGGGCGUGGGGAGGAGCCACAGGCACAGACAACCAGCUUCCCAAGCCCUGGUUUCUAUUUGGAUCCAAAGCAGCUCCGUGUGGGCUCCAAUGCUCUGACUGGGGACAGUUCGCUUCCCAAGCCUUUGUAA